CUUCUGCUGCAUGAAAACAUUUCUCCGGAGAGUCUCAGGUUCUCCUGUUUAUGUGUCACAUUUCACAUAUUUACCCGCGGAGGACUUCAUUGACUGUCCAGAGGAGAGGCAUAGGCAUCGCGAAAACCAUGGAGAGAAACUAACUUGAAGAGAGCAAGAGUGCGACCUUAGGGGUCUUACAGAAGAGGAUGACGGUGGAUGACAAGUCAGAUGGCUCUGGCUCAUCAGAGGGCUCUGCUGCUAGUAUUGGAGCCAUCGAGAAGACGUAUACCAAGGAGAGCAAUGUUCGCGCUCGGGUUGGCCUCUAUAUCAAAGAUGGCGAGAAGCUCAGAGCAGAUUUCCACAUCCUGUACAGAGCUCUUCCAGACUUGAGGAAGAAGAAAGACCGUCGGAAAUUAAGACGAAAGGCUAAGUCAAAUAAACAUCACAAGGACAAGAAAAAGAAGGGAGAAGUUGCUGGCAGUAGUAACACCUCCAGUGCCCUUAUGCCAGUCCUAGAACUGCCAGGAAACCCGUCAUCCUUCGCAGUUUAUGCUCAUGUGCGUGGAUUGGUGCUGGAGAAUGCAGCCAGGCAAGCACAGAGUGUAUACCUGGCCACAACACAACCUCUACCCUCAGACUCUGACACAGAUGAUGAAGGGGACAAGGGUAGAGACCCUGACAUUCAGAUACCUAAGGUUCCAGUCAUACUAACGCUACUUCAGCGGAGUGUCCAUGCAGUUCUCCUAGGGAAGACAUCAAGACCAGACUGGCUCACCUGUGGAGUUCCUAAAUCAGCACUUAUUGACAAGUUUUCAGUAAAGAUAAUGACAGAUGGUGAAGAGUCCAAAGAAGAGAGCACAAUGACAUGUGAUGGUCACUAUUUAUAUAUACACAAUGGCCAUGGCCUUUUUAAGAUUGGCUCAGGAUUUGGGGGAACCAUGAAAGGACAUGUCUACAUUCACCGUCCAGAUUUCUAUCCAAAGCAGAAGGGAUGGCUAGGCUUUGCACAUGGUGAUGUCUUCUAUCGACCAGAGGCAAGCAACGGAGAGCUGGUUGUUAUUGACCGUGAGGUGCUCAAGGUGUCAGAAGUGUAUCAGUGCUCCUCCCCUGGAUGGUGUCGUGGUUUGCCCUUUAGUGAUGGUAUUAACAUAGGCCACAUUUCACCUGACAGAGAGGAUGGUUUUGUGGUGAGGACGUACAAUCCUUUGGUGAAACCGAUGCCACUUGUCAAUGAGCUGGGGCUGAGUUUGGCAAUUAGGUGUAUUCAGGUUUUUGGUGGUCCAGAACAACAGUCAACAUUGUCAGCAGGUCUGGAUGAGGAUAUACUUAUGGUAGCAGCAGGAAAAGAAUUCACACUAGUUAGAACAGUUGGUGGCAGGGUAUAUUACAGUGGGAAAGCAUCAUCGGUGGGUAUGAAGCAGGGCAGCAGUAGUAGUGCAGCUGCCAGCAGCAGUGGGGCUGGAGGUGCCAUUGUCAGUGCCAGUGGAGUAGCUGGCACAAGUGCAGGUGGAUCAGGUGGUGCAGGAUCAAGUGCUGCUGCAGGUGGAAGUGGCGGAGGUGCAGUGAAUGGCCCUAAUACUCCAAGUGCUCCUACUGGAAGGUGGCCAGAGUUGACCAUUACCAAGUCUCCACGUAUUGUGCAUCUAUCAGUGGGCCAUGAGGGGCAGCACUCUGUGCUUGUGUCAGAUGAGGGCUCGGCCUUCUUUGUUGGAACAGCAAGACGUGGGGAAGAUGGGGAUUCCAGUAAGGGUCGUCGGCAGCCAAAACCAGUCAAACCAAAGAAGAUGAUAAAAUUAGAUGGACAUUUUGUCACCAAUGCAGCUUGUAAUAACGGAACAUCUGCGCUUGUAACGCGUGAUGGGGAGCUCUACAUGUUUGGCAAGGACACUUCACAUUGUGACAGUACUACAGGUCUCGUCACUGAUCUCCGAGAUGUCCAUGUGAGCUCAGUAUCUUUGGGCAAGGCUCAUGCUAUUGCCCUGACAAACAAAGGCCAGAUUUACAGCUUUGGGAUCAAUAAUAAAGGCCAAUGUGGAAGGGAUUUUGUGCCACAGAUUAAGGAAGGAACAGGCAUGUCUAUGUCAGUUGGGCCAGCAGGGGAGGAGGACAUAGAGGAUGAAGAUGGUGCCGAGAGCGAAGAGGGUGGAGAAGGAGGCAUGUGCCCGCCUGGCCGCCACCGAUGGGUGCGUGACCACUGCCUUGUCUGCACAGUCUGCCAUGAGUGCACAGGCUAUGGAGCUGCCUGUGUGUCCAGCGGGAGACCUAACAGAAAUUCAGGACAACCCUGUGGCUGUGGUGCGGGUGACUCUGGCUGUGCUGAGUGCGGAUGCUGUCGGGCUUGUGCUGAUGAGCUUGGGGGUGAUAGUGACCAAGACCCAUUCUCGCUCAUGCAGGGGCAACACUCAGGAUUGUUUGGUUUCCCCGAAGUUGGUAAUUUGGGAGGGAAUAUCUUCGGGAGAGCCUCAGGCCGCUUGCAAGACCAACUCCAGAGGAGACUUGAUGAACGUCGCCAUCGCCCACGUCACCGGCAUUCAAGAUAUGCUCCAACCCCAGUCAGGAAAGGGCCAGGUGUCCAAGCCUCGGCCAGAGAGGGGAACAUGGGCAACCUGGGCCAGUUUGAGGCCAGGCUGCUACGCCUCCUUGCCCCCUCCUCCAACGCUGCCGCCGGGAGUCCAGCCGCGGCAGGCACUGCUAGUCCCGCCCCAGCCCCCGCAGGCCCUGACCCCGCUGCCAUAGCUGCUGCUGCCCUUGACCCUCUUGCUGCCAAUUACAUCCUAGGUUUGUUUUUUGCUGCUUCUACUCUUUUGUUUCACAGUUGGGUACCAUAUACGUAGUUCCCUUCUUUUUUCAUUUU